AUGCAAGUUGUUUGGGAGGCUGAUACGGCAGCAUUCGCCAGCCGCAAGCGAGCCGCCAGAGCCUGUCUUGCCUGUCAAAAGAAGAAGAAGCGCUGUAAUCAUACCUUUACGCGGCCUCCUGAUCAGAGAGCCGAGAGUGAUGGCGUGGAUCGAGUCCUACCAAACUUGACCCACAAGGAGCCUGUCCGUUUCGUUGGCGACCUCAACCCGGAGUCGAUUCUCAAUGAUCUUGGCAGGUCCAAGGAUGGUGCUCGGAUCAGUCGAAUAGGUACCUGGGUGCAAGAUCCGCCCAGAGACGACGAGCAGCGACGGGUGCCCUCACAAGAGCCUCCCCAGACUCGGUCGGGCGAGAAGACUCCUAUUAAUGUCGAGAAAUAUGGCCGCGGCGAAGGUGGAAAGCGUACCUUGACCACCCACUACCGAAACUACCUACAGUCAGUAGGCGCCUUCAGGGUACUACCAAAAGCCACGCAGGAUGCGUUGGUGACGACCUAUAUUGCCUGUUUCGAUGGACUGCUCUCUAUUGUCGAUGGCAGUAAGCUCCUACGAGACUAUACCAGUGGAGACUUGUCCAUCUUCUUGAUCCAGGCCAUAUGUCUGGUCACUUGCAAAGUCCCCGACGCCCAACAAUGGCUUAGGCUGUACGAAGAUGGUCCCCUAUUGGAUCCGAUUCCGUUCGCCAGAAGCCUUCACACAGGUCUAGACGCCGCCAUGAAGGCUGACCUCGAGCCUGACCGGGUGAUCAAGAUCCAGAUCCUGGCUCUGAUGCACCUACACAAUGACGGUCCAGGUGGCAUUGAAGAGUCCUCAUUUCAUCUGUCGCAAGCUAUUCACGACGCAUGGACAGCGGGUUUGCACAUCCACACUCCGGGCCGCACCCUUACAGACCAUCCCAGUAUGUUAUGGUGGACUAUUUGGGCACUUGAUCGCUUUAAUGCCUGCAUUGGUGGCAGACCUAUCAUGAUAGCAGACCGCGAUAUCGACCUGGAGCGUCCGCCAAUUGAUGCUCAAAUGUCGAAACACGCCAGCGUUCUGGUCUGGAUCCGUCUAGCUGAUCUGCUUGACAAGGUGAUUGAGUUCUAUCGCCCACCCUCCGCUGACCUCGACGUUUCUGGCUGGGAGUCUGACUUCCCAACAUGGGCCUCGCUCCUUGAAGGCAUUAACCUUGAGAACACCGUGCACCAGCAAGAGAUCGUUCUCGAGAUUGCCUACAAUGUGAUUGCCAUCUUAUCCUGCCGCAAUGCCUCUCCAUCUCAACCUUCCUACGCUCGCCGCAUCGCUGCUGCGGACCGCAUACAAGAGCUCCUCACAGAUGUUGCGCCUCGAGAUGUAUCACCUAUUCCACUUGUUCCAUACGCCAUUGGCCUUUCCCUCACAGUGGCAUACCGUUGCAUCCGCUCACCCAGCACCACCGAUCCAGUGUCCGUCAAGGACAGCUUGACCGCACGCAGUAAAAUGCUCGAAUCUCUGGCCACAUACUGGUGGACGGCAGACGCUAUGGCUAAGCUCGGGCGAAAAGCACUGAAGUCUAUGGAGAACCCCGUCGGUCUCAAGCGCGGUGAAGCCGAGAACAUUGCAUCCGACAUGGAGUCAGAAACUACCGUGUGCAAAUACGGGCCGUUCGAGGCAAAGCAUCACCGCCAUCCCGGCACAAACGGCAGCUCCAACACUCCUGGUAUCGGCCCUGGCGGACUGCACCUCUUGUCCGAUGCUGCCGCAGCCGCUCGCUCAAACCACGCCCCACGCAGCACAAGCAACUACACAUCCACGCCAUCCCGAGCGGGAGACACCUGCUGCGCCGCAAAUCUAGGCUACCCAGGGCCACACUCGACCACCCAAGAUGGCACAAGUAGCUAUCAAGCCACGCCCCUGACCGACAGCCUCGCCACACCCUCUGUCUCGCACGACCAUUCCCAAAGCCAAGGCCCCACCGCACCCGGGGGAAACACGCCGGCCUUCGACCCAAGCAUGUUCGCCAAGUUCGACGACGAGAACUUCACCGCCAACUUCAACGAGUUGGACAACAUGUUCGACGGCUUCUACGACCUCAGCAUGCCUACCGUCACUUUCCAGGAUUUCGAUGGCUGGGGCGGCACCAUGGGCUUCAACAUGGACGAGGCCUACGUUGACGGUGGUAUGGACGGUGCAUACCACGAAGGCUCCGGUGGACACGGGCAAGCUGGUCAGAGCGGUGCAUCGGGCGCGCAGGACGGUGGCGAAGGCAGUGUCUAUCCGGAGCUUAGCUAG